AUGGAGGAGGUCUACGUCUUCGGCGACCAAACCGCGGACCUGAGGGCCUUUUUCACAAAGGUCUUCGCCCGCAAAGACGAUGUAUUACUACAAAGUUUCCUCGAAAGAACUGGCGAAGCCGUCAGGACAGAGAACAAAUACCGUACACAUCCUUCAAAAGCAGUCCCUAAUUUCACCACCAUUCAAGAACUAGUCGAUCGUUAUUUCAGAGGUGACGGCAAAGAUGCCGCCAUCGAGAGUGCUCUGGUUUCCGUUGCACAAUUCUCUCAUUUUAUCGGUGCUUUCGAGGAGCGAACCCCUUCAUAUAUUCAACCUAAUACUGAUGCACGAUUGGUCGGUCUUUGCACCGGUCUGAUCGCAGCCACCGCUGUCGCUUCCGCCGAUUCCUUAACCGCUCUUAUUCCAUUGGCCGUGGAAGGUGUCCGAAUUGCCUUCCGAGCUGGUGCCCACGUGGGAAGAGUAGCACAGCAAAUUGAAGGAGAACAGAAGCCCCAGUCAUGGUCGACGAUUGUGGCUGCGGAUGAGAAAUCAGCACAGGCUGCUCUCGACGCCUUCCACAAGGAAAAGGGAACAUCGCCAACCAACAAGCUAUGGAUCAGUGCUUCAUCAGCCACUUCAGUAACGAUCAGUGGUCCCCCUUCUACAAAGGCCAGUGCAUUCGAAGAAUCCGAGUUCUUCCGCACUGCAAAGAACGUACCGGUACAAAUAUUUGCCCCUUACCACGCAUCACAUCUGCAUUCCCAGUCGGACCUGGACAAGAUCCUCCGACCUCAGACCAAGGUCAUCUUCGAGAACGCACCAGCCAGAUUCCCUGUCUGCUCCAGUGUGACUGGCAAGCCCUUUACUGGCAAGAAUGGCUACGAGCUUCUCCAGGAAGCUCUCAAGGAGAUCGUCAUUGAACCUUUCCGAUGGGAUAAGGUCCUCAAAUACACCGCUUCGGGCAAAACCGAGCAGGCUAAGGUCUUCGCCGUUGGGCCUACGAAUCUUGCCAGUAGUGUUGUUUCUGCCCUGAAAGCAUCCACGCCCAAGGUUUCUCUUGAGGAUCAAUCACACUGGGCAGCCGUCACUGCUGCAGGAACACAACACUCCAAACGCGAAGCUGACAUCGCCAUUGUUGGAUAUUCCGGCAGAUUCCCUGACGCUGCUGACAACGAAUUGUUCUGGCAGCUAAUGGAAAAAGGCUUGGACGUUCACCGACCUGUUCCCCCGGACAGAUUUCCGGUCGACUCCCACACCGAUCCUACUUCCAAGAAGAAGAACACCUCUCACACACCUUUUGGUAACUUUAUUGAGAAUCCUGGUCUUUUCGAUGCAAGAUUCUUCAACAUGUCGCCACGUGAAGCUGCACAGACUGAUCCCAUGCAACGUUUAAUGCUGACCACUGGCUACGAAGCCAUGGAAAUGGCCGGUAUUGUUCCAGAUCGAACACCAUCUACCAAGCGCGACAGAAUUGGAACCUUCUAUGGUCAGACCUCUGACGAUUGGCGUGAAGUGAAUGCCGCCCAGGACAUUGAUACAUACUUCAUUUCUGGUGGUGUGAGAGCCUUCGGCCCCGGUCGCAUCAACUACUUCUUCAAAUUCAGCGGUCCCAGUUUCUCUGUUGAUACCGCUUGCUCUUCUAGUUUUGCAGCCAUCAACGUUGCCAUCACCUCUCUGCGCGCUGGAGAGUGUGAUACCGCCUUCACCGGUGGUGCCAAUGUUUUGACAAACUCAGAUAUUUUCUCCGGUCUCAGCAGAGGUCAUUUCCUCUCCCGAACCGGUUCCUGCAAAACCUGGGAUAACGAUGCAGACGGGUACUGCCGUGGCGACGGUGUUUGCUCAGUCAUCAUGAAGCGUAUGGAGGACGCAGUUGCUGACCGGGAUCCCAUUCUGGGAGUCAUCCGCGGAAUCGGUACCAAUCACUCGGCAGAAGCGGUGUCUAUUACACAUCCUUGUGCAGAGAACCAGUCUUUCUUGUUUGACAAGGUUUUGAAGGAGUGCAACGUUCACUGCAACGAUGUCAACUAUGUUGAAAUGCACGGUACUGGUACUCAAGCUGGGGACGGUAUUGAGAUGGAAUCUGUCUCGUCUGUCUUUGCUCCUCGCACCCCUCGGAGACGUCCUGAUCAACCACUAUACGUGGGCGCAGUUAAAUCCAACAUCGGCCACGGUGAAGCUGUGUCUGGUGUUUGCGCUCUUAUCAAGAUUAUUCUCAUGCUCCAAAAGAGCAAGAUCCCACCUCACACUGGUAUCAAGACAACCAUCAACAAGAAUUUCGCACCAGAUCUGAAGGAGCGCAAUGUCAACAUUGCUUUCAAGACAACUCCCUUCCUCCGCCCAGCAGGUGGCAAGCGUACAGUGUUCAUCAACAACUUUAGUGCAGCUGGUGGGAACACAGCCAUGCUCUUGACCGACGGACCAGAGGUUCCUCAGGAGGCCUCUGCUGACCCUCGAUCCACACAAGUCGUGACUGUUUCCGCCAAAUCUCUCGGAGCUUUCAAGAAAACCAUCCAGAAGUACAUUGACUAUCUCGAUAUCAACCCGCAGGUCGGCUUGACUGACCUCGCUUACACUUUGACUGCUCGUCGUGCGCAUUACAACUACAGAGCUGCUUUCCCAGUCCAGUCGGUUGCCCAGGUGCAAGCAUCUCUGAAGGCUCUUCAAGACCAGACUCACAACCCCAUCCCGCUUGCGGUACCUCAGGUUGCUAUGGCUUUCACUGGACAAGGUUCCCAAUAUACAUCUAUGGGAAAGAAACUUUUUGAGACUUCCAAACAAUUCCGUGGAGAUAUUGAGGAGUUCAAUGAGAUUGCCGUUCGACAAGGACUUCCGUCCAUUUUGCCUCUGAUCGAUGGCUCUGUUGAGGUCCAACAUCUUCCACCUACCGUUGUUCAGCUUGGGAUGUGCUGCAUUCAGAUUGCUCUCACUCGUCUGUGGGCAACUUGGGGUGUCACACCUAGUGUCGUCAUUGGCCACUCGCUGGGUGAAUACGCUGCUCUUCAGGCUGCCGGUGUUCUAUCUGUGGCUGAUACCAUCUACUUGGUUGGCAAGCGAGCACAACUCCUUGAACAGAAGUGCACUGCUGGUACUCAUGCCAUGCUUGCUGUCCGAUCACCCGUCGCUGGCCUGCAGGACGUGAUUGCCAACAGCAAUGGAAAGAUCGAGAUCGCAUGCAUCAACGGUGUUUCCGACACUGUUCUUUCCGGCACUAUGGGCGACAUUGAUGUUGUCGCUCAGAAAUUAGCCGAUGCUGGUCAAAAGUGUACCAAGCUUAAGCUUCCAUUCGCCUUCCACUCUUCGCAGGUUGACCCCAUUCUAUCUGAGUUUGAGAGGCUGGCUUCUUCUGUCAAGUUCCACGCUCCGAGAGUUCCAGUCAUAUCUCCAUUGUUGAGUGAUGUUGUCAGCGUCGGCGGAGUCUUCGACGCCUUCUAUCUCAGCCGACAUUGCCGCAAGACUGUCGACUUUGUCGGAGGUUUAUCUGCUGGCAUGUCUACCGCCACUAUUAGCGAGACAUCGCUCUGGCUUGAAGUUGGUGGCCAUCCUCUUUGCGCAAGCAUGAUCAAAUCUUGUUUGUCAGCCCCAACUCUUCCAACCAUGCGCCGCGAUGAAGACCCAUGGAAGAUUAUCUCAACCUCCAUGGCUGGCCUCUACACCGCUGGAAGAUCACUCAACUGGGAUGCCUUCCACAAGGAGAAUGAAGACAUGAGGGUUCUCAAUGAUCUUCCCUUCUAUGCGUAUGAUGCCAAGAACUAUUGGCUGCAAUACACUGGUGAUUGGCUAUUGUACAAGGGCGAUUACCCCAAGGCUAUCGCACCCGCUCCAGUUGCUUCUUCCUCAUCAGCGCCCGCAAAGGCAAGGAAGUACUUGUCCACAUCCGUUCAAGGUAUCAUUUCUGAGAAGGUUAAGGGCAACACCAUCACGAUUGAGGCAGAGUCUGACUUUGCUCACCCUAAGCUCUUCCCCGUUAUUGCCGGUCAUUUGGUUAAUGGCAAUGGAUUGUGCCCAUCUACCUUGCAUGCUGACAUUGCUUACACACUGGUCGAUUAUGGUGUCAACAUUUUGAAACCCGGACACAAAGUUCACAUCAACAUUGGCAGCAUGGACAAUCCAAACCCCUUGCUUCUGAAGAACAUCAACCAACCGGAGAGCCAAAUCUUCCAAAUCUACAUGAAGAUUGAUCUUGAUGCUCAAAAAGCCGACUUCCAGAUCAGCACAAACAAUGGCAAGAAGGAUGUAAUCCAUGCCAAGUCUGUCAUCAAAUUCGAAGAUCCUGCUGCGUGGAAGGAAGAGUGGAGCCGAACUGCAUAUCUUGUGCAAUCGCGAAUCGAUCAGCUCACAGCCAAGGUUGAGACUGGUGAAGCCGACAAAGUUAGUAACAAGAUGGCAUACAAACUAUUUGGUGCCCUCGUCGACUACUCCGAAGUCUAUCGCGGCAUGCAGAGUGUUGUGUUGGAUGGCCCUGAGUUCGAAGCUACCAGCAUUAUCCGAUACAAGACAUCGCCCAAUGAUGGAGACUUCACUUUCAGUCCCUACAUGAUUGACGGAGCUUGCCAUCUUUCUGGCUUCACUGUCAACGCCACUGUCAAUCCUCAGGACGAAUGUUACAUCUCUCACGGUUGGUCUAGUGUGCGAUUCUUGGAGCCAUUGAAGCAUGACAAACCAUAUUAUGCCUACGUGAAGAUGCAACCUGUUGCAGGUAGCAAAAUGAGAUCUGGUGAUGUCUAUGUCUUCGAUGGAACCACCAAGGAAGUCAUCGGUGUUGCUGGAGCUGUUCGCUUCCAAUGUGUCCCUCGAAAGCUCAUGGAUGUCAUCAUGCCCAAGCCCAAGGCCGAUGGAAAAGCUGCUGCUAAGGCCCCUACUGCCGUUCCCGCAGUCAAGGCCGCGAGCCCUGUUUCCCGUGCCCCCAUUCAGGUCGACAUCCCUGCACCUGCGCCCAAGGUCAAGGCCAAGAAGCCUGCCAAAGCUCCCAAGGUGAAGGCACCUGCAGCGCCCAAGCCUGCUUCCGGAGGACUUGCUGUCCGCGCCUUCGACAUCAUCGCGAAAGAGAUUGAUGUCGAGCAGAACGAGUUGAACGAUGACAUUCAAUGGGCCGACAUGGGUGUCGACAGCUUGAUGUCUCUCACCAUCUCUGGCAAGUUCCGUGAAGACCUAGAUCUCGAAGUCGAGAGCACUCUCUUCACCGAUUACUCUUCUGUUGGCGCCCUGCGCAAGUACCUCAGCGGUCUCUCUGGCCCUGAACCUGCAGGUGCUGGUGACGCUAGCUCCGUUGAGUCGACUGAUUCUGGCUCCGAGAGUGAUGAUGAUACUGUUGAGUCUGGUAUCACCACUCCUGAGGCUGAGGAUUUCCCAUCAAAGAUCCCAGAUGGAAAGUCCGCUGCUGUUGAAGCUGUCGCUCAAGCACCAGGAGGUGACAUGAUCGAGACUAUCCGAGUAGUCAUCGCCCAAGAAAUGGAAAUGGAACUCGAAGAGAUUACCGAGACCACGGAUUUGAGCAACCUUGGUAUGGAUUCCUUGAUGGCUUUGACUGUCUUGGGCAAACUGCGAGAAGAGCAUGAGAUCGACCUUGAUCCCACGAUCUUGGCCGAUAACCCAUCUCUGGGUCACCUUCGUAAAGCUUUGGGUCUGGAUAAGCCCAAGGUUGUCGCACCUCCCCCUCCAAAAGUUGCUCCAGCGCCAAUCGCUUCGCCCCCUCCAGCGGCUCCCGCGACAUUCCAGGUCAACACCCAAAUGACUCCUGCAGCCCCAGUUGUUCAGGUCGUUGUGCAGAUGCCACCUGCCACAUCAGUCUUGCUGCAAGGUAAUCCCAAGACUGCCACCAAGAACCUGUUUCUCUUCCCUGAUGGUUCAGGCUCAGCAACAUCAUAUGUUUCUAUCCCUGCAAUCGACAGCAAGAACUUGGCGGUCUAUGGACUCAACUGCCCCUUCAUGAAAGACCCCACAAGCUACACAUGUGGCAUUGAGGGAGUUUCCAAGCUCUAUCUUGAAGAGGUUAUGAGACGUCAACCUGUGGGACCUUACAUUCUCGGUGGAUGGUCUGCAGGAGGUGUGGUCGCAUACGAAGUCACCCGACAAUUGAACGACCUUGCCAAACUCAAUCCCGACAAGAACUUCACUGUCGAGAAACUGGUGCUUAUCGACUCACCUUGCCCAAUCAGACUAGAGCCAUUGCCAGCACGUCUCCAUCACUUCUUCGACGAGAUAGGCUUAUUGGGAACUGGUACUGGAAAGACCCCCAACUGGCUGCUCCCGCAUUUCGAGUACAGCAUCAAGGCUUUGACAGCCUACAAGCCCGAGCAAAAGACGAUGCACGACUUCAAGCCACCACCAACCUUGUUGAUCUGGGCUACCGAGGGUGUCUGCGGCAAGCCAGGUGACAAGAAGCCACCUCCACAAGCUGAUGACCCCAAGAGCAUGAAGUGGCUCUUGGAGAACCGAACAGACUUCGGCCCCAACGGAUGGGACAAAUUAUUGAGUCCUGACGUUUGUAAGAUGGUCACCGUUGUUGGUAACCAUUUCACCAUGAUGAAGCCUCCAGUGGCUAAGGGUGUUGGCUCCUACAUUCGUGAGGCUCUCCUAUAA